GGAAAAGGAGGAAGCAGCCUAAGCACUGAGUGAGAGAGAAGAGGGAGGGGGGGAGUGAUAGAAAAAAAAAUACUAAGAACAGCGAGAGAUAGAGAAUUACAAGAAACAUAAUUGAGAGACGACGAAGGCAUUUUACAGAAAGAAAGGAAAAAACUUGACAAGCACUUCAAGAAGUGACAAACCGAAAGUUAGAGGCACAUAAAGAACACAAGAUUGAAAGUUCAUAGAGAAUAAGGUUUCCUGGUACAAAUGGCAACUGGCCGUAUACGCUCCACACGGAAGCUGAAACCAUGGCUAGUGCAGCAAGUUGAAAGUGGCAAGUUUCCAGGACUUGUGUGGGAUGAUGAUAAUAAAACUAGCUUCCGAAUUCCCUGGAAACAUGCAGGAAAACAAGAUUUUCGGCACGAUGAGGACGCUGCCAUUUUUAAGGCCUGGGCAGUGUAUAAGAAUAAGUUCCACAAUGGGGACAAAGUUGAUGCAGCUUCCUGGAAGACAAGACUUCGCUGUGCUCUGAAUAAGAGCCCAGAAUUCGAAGAGCUCCCUGACAGAUCCCACCUGGACAUCUCUGAGCCUUACAAAGUCUACAGGAUUGUUCCAGUUGGGGAGCAGGAGACCUCAGGCUCGGGAAAAACUGGGAAGAAAAGGAAAAGUGCUGUAGAAUCAAAAGACAGCUCAUCUGAUGAGGGAGAUGGAGAAGCACAAAACCAGAAGAGGCCUACCCUUAACUUGGACCUGUCUAGUGUUGAUUAUGUAGUCGUCACAAGUCCUGUUUCCCCAGAGGAUUCUGGGAUAGGAAGUGACUCCAGCAGCACAGAAACCAACAGCACUCUACAACACAGGCAUGAACCACUAACUGUUUCUCCAGUUCUGUCUACACAGAUGACAAAUACAGACAUGGAAGUCACUAUUUGGUAUAGUGGAAUAGAGAUAUCUCGUCGUCUGGUUCAGAGCGGGGAGUGUAAGAUUUCAGCAGGGGCUCCAACAAUGCACUCUUGUGGAAAUAUGGAACACAUUCAUCUGCCACCACCAGAUAUGCUUCCAGAAGUAGACCUACAAAGCAAGACAAAGGAUCUGCUUUCAUUUCUGCAAUCUGGGGUCAUGGUGGCCAGUAACUCUCAAGGUAUCUUUGCUCAGAGACAAAGAUCCUGUCAAGGACGAAUAUUCUGGUCUGGUCCCUGUGCAAAGCAGUUGGGAGAAAUUAACAAACUGGACAGACAUGCACUUGUGAAGCUGUUUGAUACCCAAGAUUUUCUGAGAGAUCUGGAACUGUACAGAACAGGCAGAGAAUCAAUUCCCAGUUAUAAUGUCACCCUGUGUUUUGGGGAGGAGAUUUCUAAUGGUGACAUUGUUUCAGAAAAAUUAAUCACAGCAGAGCUAAAGCAAAUAAUGGCCUGUGAGUUGGUUUGUGAAGCAUCCGGACCUCACCAUAAUGUUCCAGAUCAACUGCUGCAGGGUCCUCCUGCCCCCUAUCAGAACCCCCUCCUGCCUUUGGAGACACAUUUUUUAUGAAAUAUAGAUAUCUAUUGUCACUACAGGAGAAGACUUUUUCCUCUAUAUGUGUAUCAAUCUGUGAUUUCUCUCACUACAUAUAUACUAGUGUAGUCUUUAGUAUAUAGGAUUUUCACAUCAUAUUAUUGAUCAAGUGUGAGAGAAAAAGCUGUGUGUUUCCGUUGGGCUUUUCCAGUACAAGAGACGUUUUCACAGGAUCUGUGGCAAAAUGUAUCAUUUCAUCUUCAUCACCUCAGUAUUUUAAGUUGUUAGCCCUUCAAAAUAAGGGGAAAUUAAAUGGCUAGGGGGGAGGCAAGAAUGUGUCCAAAACAUAGACCGUAAAGAGGCAAGUGAAUCUGAAACAGGAGCAAUUAGAAGUAACAUGUGGCACACUAAUAAAUGUGAGGGGGGGAUACAAUUCUUAAUGUGAUAUAACAAACUAACAUGAUACACUGUGAUUAAUAAAAAAACAUAAACUGUGCCCUUUAAGUAUAAAUGUAUACAAUCCAACUUUCCUCAAUGGAAACAAAGAUAGUAACGUUUUGUUAAACGCAAUAUAACCUGAAAGAAGUCUGCCAAAUUCUCACUCAAAUUGUAUGGCUUGCAAAAAAACAUGCCUGCCCUUGGUUCAUACUGAUGGGCUGCAGAUAUUCAUAUGUAAUCACUCAAGGAUUUAUACAAUUCAAAACCAUAAAAUUAAUUAAAAAAUCAAAUGUGCCAAUUGAUAAUUCUGGUAUAGUGUCCCUAUAAUACCAUGUGUUACUUUACACAGCCCUCCUACUCUGAUUAUUGCAACAUCUUAAACCAUGAUCUCAACAGUUCCUCAUUACUGUGUUUGGCUGGUUAUUGCCCUCUCAGUGUGUGUUUCACCAAUGUCGACUUUAGCUUUGUCAAGGAUGCCAAAAUUCUUGAGUCGUAUUUAACAUUGAUUGUUUAACCUGUUCUUAUCUGAGUUUGUACUAAUUUACUUUUAAGUCAAUAGUAAUAUGUGGUAACAGGCCAUAAAAAAUGGCUCAAUAUGUUAAUCCCUAAUUACAGUAUGUAUCGUCUCAUUUGCCACCGAAAGGUCUGUACCACUAUUGUAGGACUUGUCACACACACUAACAUGUCUGGUUGAAUAUGUGUAUAAUUAUAUGCUGAUGAUAUACAAUUGAUUAGGAAUGUGACAGUAGCAGGUAUAUUACAGACGUAAUAGACUGCAUUUUUUAUGCCAUUGCCAUAGUUAAGUUUAUUUCAUUAUAGUUGUUUGUGCCUAGAUGCUACCACUACUAACUGCAUGAUGGCUACCUAAACGUUAGCUUUUAAGGAAUAUGUAUUUUUUGUCACUUUUAUUGGAGAAGCAUAAAUCAAGAUACUAUAAUAUCCAACAACAAAAUAAAAGGAUACCAAUUUUGUAAAUAACAAGAAUGUACAAAAAUGUUAAUGUUUAUUGAGUAGGAUAAAAGACUCUUAUAGAUAAUACAUUAAUUUUAGGUUUAUGUAGUCGCUGAUUGAAAUACCUAAAAGGGUCUAGAAUAGAAGGUCUCAGGCCCCCCACGACAUGUAAAACAUUUUUUAUGUUUGUCACUGAAAAAAUAUGAACCACUUGCAGGGCACAUACAAUCUCAUGGCAUGGAUUAGCAAAUAGUCUGGGAUAUUUUUAAAAAAUUAUUUAUUAAGAAAUUAUAUAUAGGUUUUAUCUAGGUCGUUUUUUUGUUUUGUUUUUUUUAACCCAAAACUAUACAAUAUUUUCUUAUCGAAUAUUUAGUUAUGCAGUUUUAAAAGAGAAUCAAAGUUCAAAAAUGUUUUUUGUGUGUAACAAACUAAAUUGUAUACUUCAUAUUAGUCCCCUGAACGUAAUAAAACAUUUUUUACAUUA